AUGGAGGAGGAGCAGCAGGACCUGCUCUUCAUCAGGCUGCAAAAAGGCCCCUCCCCCUUUUUCCAAAACCAGUUGAACCUCUCCAAGCACAUCUUGGUAUGUUUGCCUACGCCACGCUCUUCCGACCCUCCUCCUCCUUUCCUCGUUCUCCGACCCGGUAGUCGGUGUUACGACAUACCGGGUGCGUACCACGCCGUACCCGUGUACGGUUGUCGUCAACGUGCCCGAGCUAGCGCCUCGCCGCCAGUAGCCGCCACGACGCCGGUUGGACCACGCAAGCGCCGCCUUUCCUCCUGCUUGGACGCCAUUACAGCAGUACCACCCAAAACCCAAGCCCAGCAACAGCAACAACAACAACAACAGCAAGCAGUUCAGCACCAGCAACCAGACCUUGUUGCAGCUGCCAUGCUUGUGCCAGCUGCUGGAGCCCAGGGCCAAGGCCAGACCUCAGUGUUCACCAAGAUCUUUGUGGGUGGACUGCCUUAUCACACAUCAGACAAGAGUCUCAGGGAGCACUUUGAGGCCUUUGGGGAGAUUGAGGAGGCAGUUGUCAUCACUGACAGGCAGAAUGGCAAAAGCAGGGGCUAUGGCUUUUUGUCCCUGCAAGAGCAAGGAUACUACCUGAAGACUUUCAUCUCCUGUGGAAGGUGUUGCAUCUUGAGCCACUCAUUCCAGCCUCAGGUGACCAUGGUGGAUGUGGUGGGUGCAGAGAGGGCCUGCAAGGACCCAAACCCAAUCAUUGAUGGCAGGAAGGCCAAUGUGAACCUGGCAUUCCUGGGAGCCAAGCCAAGAGGCAACAGCAUCUACAAUGGUUAUUUCCCAGCUGCACCCUUUGCAAAUGUUGCAGCUGCCCUCAGGCCACCAAUCCACUUCUUCAAUCCAGCUGCACUUUGUCACCAGUGGUGCUUGUUGUGCAAGAAGGGGUUGUAG